AUGGUACUCCAGUCCAUCCUUUCCCUUUUCAAAGUCCCCUCGACUUCAUUGUCGUUUCAGAUACUUUCUGACCUUCAUCUGGAAGUCAACCAGCAAUACUCCUCGUUUGAAAUACCUAGAUCAUCAAAAUAUCUCGUACUAGCCGGCGAUAUCGGACGUCUACAAGAUUACAAUGAAUAUCUUGGCUUCCUUCAGAAGCAAACCAGCAAGUUCGAAAUGGUGUUCCUUGUUCUCGGGAAUCAUGAAUUUUACAACGAAUCGUUUGAGUCUGGGGUUGAGAAAGCAAAACGACUUGAGCAAGAGCCCAGUUUGAAUAGGAGGCUCAUAUUACUCGAUAAACGUCGAUAUGAUCUCCCUAACACACGCCUGUCGAUACUUGGUUGCACACUGUGGUCAUGCAUACCGCCUGAAGCAACGGAAAUUGUCGAAUCCAAGAUUUCGGAUUUCAAGAAAAUUGAUGGUUGGACAAUCAACAAGCAUAAUGCCACUCACGAAUCCGACCUAUGCUGGCUCCAACAUGAAAUGCACAAUAUCCACCAAGAGAAUAAGAAUGUCCCCAAAACAGAUGCCCGAUCUAUUGCAGUCGUAACCCACCAUGCGCCCUCUCUGCACCGAACUUCGAGUCCACAGAACUCCCACAAUCCCUGGAGCGCCGCUUUUGGAACAGAUCUAUUAUCGUUGCGGUGGGACAACGUUAAAUUGUGGAUAUUUGGACAUACACAUUACACAACAGAGUUCAAAGAGAAUGGCAUCAGAGUUGUGAGUAACCAGAGGGGCUAUGUUCUCCCUUGGAGCAAAUCCACAGAUGAUUUUGACUCGCGGAAGGUGGUUCGAGUGUGA